UAUUAUUGGAAGUACAUAAAAGAUCGAUAUGCCAGAAUGGCUAUCCCAUGCUUUUGUUUAUUUAUUUGUAUAUUUAAUUUUGUUAUCUUGAUUCAUGUGUUUGAAUUAAUUUUAUCACUUUGUCGUAUCCCACUAGCUUUUUUUUUAUUAGUCCUAUAUAUUCAUAUCAUAAUCACUAACAUCAUUUUCCUUACAUAUCUCUAUAAUGUCAAUUUCUCUCUCAAAUAUGCAAGCUCUUCCCUUCACCACAAACCAUAAUAAUAAUCUUUCCAUUCGGCCCGAAAACCCAUUUCCGGUGACGCUUUCGACCCAAAAAUACCCGUCCGGGAGGCCCGAAGAUGCAAUCCUUACCACUAAACCAAGUUCGGUUGUGCAAGUUUUAUCAAGAACAAAUGAUGCAUUGUCCUAUACAAUGAUUGAGCCUUGGAGAGAAACAGGAGUGGAAUAUGGAAGGGAAGUGUAUGGGCCUGGGCCUGGGCCUGUAAUGAAGGAAAGGGCUGAUAAUGAGUUAGUGGGCCGUUGGAGGGAGAUUCAUGGAGAGAAUGAUUGGGCCGGGCUACUUGAUCCAAUGGAUUCUCUCUUACGGGCCGAACUUAUCCGGUAUGGGGAAAUGGCCCAAGCCUGCUACGAUGCGUUUGAUUUUGAUCCAUUUUCAAAAUAUUGUGGGAGUUGUAGGUAUUCAAGGCACAUGUUCUUUAAAGGUCUUGAAAUGGAGGAUUAUGGGUAUGAUGUAACAAGAUACUUGUAUGCUACAUCCAAUAUUAACUUACCUAACUUUUUUAGGAACUCUAGAUGGCCCAAAGUUUGGUCCAAGAAUGCUAAUUGGAUCGGGUACGUGGCGGUAUCCAACGACGAGAGGUCCAAACAAUUGGGCCGUAGGGAUAUAAGUAUUUCUUGGAGGGGUACGGUGACCCGUCGUGAGUGGGUCCAUGAUCUUAUGGACUUCCUUAGGCCCGUAUCCGACGAGAAAAUCCCGUGCCCGGACCAAAAUGUCAAGGCCGAAUCCGGGUUCUUGGACCUUUACGCCGAUAAAGACCCAGAUUGCCGGUAUUGCAAGUUCUCGGCCCGAGAACAAAUAUUAACCGAGGUGAAACGACUUUUAGAGUUGUACCACGACGAAGAAGUGAGUAUAACUAUAACGGGCCAUAGCUUGGGUAGUGCCCUAGCCAUUUUAAGUGCCUAUGAUAUAGCCGAGACGGGUAUCCACAUCGGGUCAAGCAACCGGGCUACACCGAUAAGCGUGAUCUCGUUCUCGGGCCCGCGGGUCGGGAACUUAAGGUUUAAGGAGAGGUUGGAGGAGCUAGGGGUGAAAGUGCUUAGGGUGGUAAAUGUGCAUGAUAUGGUUCCUAAAGCACCAGGAUUAGUAAUAAAUGAAAAAUUACCAUCGGGUUAUUUAAAAUUGGCCCAAUGGUCACCUUGGAGUUAUUGUCAUGUAGGCGUGGAGCUUGCUUUGGAUCAUAAGAAUUCUCUAUUUCUUAAAGACACCAACGACCCAACUUGUUCACACAAUUUGGAGGCCCACUUACAUCUACUUGAUGGGUACCAUGGAAAAGGGAAAAGAUUCCAUCUAACAAUGGGAAGAGACAUUGCAUUAGUGAACAAAUCUUGUGAUUUUUUGAAAGAUCAUUACCAAAUCCCUCCUUAUUGGAGACAGGAUCAAAAUAGAGGGAUGAUCAGGAGUAAAGAUGGCCGUUGGAUCCAGGAAGAGCGUCAUAUUCUUGAUGAUCAUCCUGAUUGUACUCAUCACCAUCUUAAACAACUUGGACUUACACACUAGUACUCAUUCCCAUGUUCAACGGGCCGGGUUAGGGCCGGACCAGGCCGACUUAUACGGCUUUUAAAAAAAUGGGUUGGAUACGGGUUUUACUGCCCCCCAGCCCACUUAACAGGUAUAAUUCCAAUAGUCGGGGUUGUAUGAUAUGAUUUGAGAUCGAAUCCCGUAAAUAUCACUAACUGACCUCUAUCAUGUACAAGCUCAGCUGUAGAUCACGCCAUCACGGAGUUUCGAUAUCCAUAGGUGUCAAUUAGUGAGUACGAGGUACAAAGUGUGAAUGAUAAACGUUUGUAUAUGUAGUUGUGUACUCUUGUAAUAAGGCUCUAUUUGGUUUGUCGUAAAACGUUUUCACGAAAAAAAAAUCAAGGAAAAACCACAAUUCCAAAC